CUCUCUCUCUCUUUUCUUGCCACAUCGUCCGCUGCUCAGCUGUGUGUACAUUAUACACACAAACUGCUGUCAAACCUUCUAGUGUGACGACCCGGGGAUAGAAUAUGAUAUUAUUUCCGUUUAUACUCCGGGGUAAUGGCGGUUAUAUAAAAUGACACGUUUUUCAAACUGGAGUCGGACGGUGGGAUUUAACUGAUGUCCUGUCAUGUCGGCGUCUUCACAGAAGAGCGAAUGAAACGUAAUCGGGAACGCGCGGGUGAUGGACAAAACACGCGUCUUCAUCUCUUCUGACGAGGACGAGCAUCUCGACAUCAAAUUCGAGUUUUGUUUGCUGCUGUAAAUCUGCCUAAAGAAUGACCUCAGUGACAUAAUUAAGGACGUUUAAUAUUACAAGACAGAGGGUUGAAUGGAAUGAAUUAAAGGCCUUAUCUCAUCUGUGAUAAACAACCUGACUUAAAAUUAUAGUAUCUUUAAAUCAAUAAAUAGUAGUACAUUUUAAAACCAUAGAUGUCUUCCUUUUCAUUGGUGGACAUUAAGGAAGAAUUGAAAAGAAGGAACUUUACAUGCCAUGAGAUUUUAUUUCACUUUCACUCAUGGUUUAAAUUUGAAACAAUCUUUAGUUUGUUAUUCAAUUGAAUAUUUAUGAUGUUGGACUCAAAGAGUAAGGACGUGUGUCGGAUUUGUGCAAGGGAGCUGUAUGGUAACCAGCGGCGAUGGAUCUUUCACCCAACUGCCAAGCUGAGUCUGCAGGUGCUGCUUUCCUAUGCUUUGGGCAGAGAAAUGACCCGGGAUGGCCGAGGAGAGUUCGCCUGCAGCAAGUGUGCCUUCAUGCUGGACAGAAUGUACCGAUUUGACACUGUGAUCGCCAGGGUGGAGGCCUUAUCCCUGGAGCGGAUGCAGAAGCUCUUGUUGGAGAAAGACAGGCUCAGGCAAUGCAUCAGUGGACUGUACCGCAAAAACAACACUGAUGAAUUGGGAGUGGAUGGAGGUGCCACAGACGCUACUGUGGUGGACUUUGCCAGGUUGGCCGAAGCUGAAUACAGUGCCCUCCUGCAGGAAGAUCUCACAUACUCUGUCUAUGAGUCUUGGGCUGAGCAGUGCCCUCAAGAGCAGAUUCAAGACCACCAAUGCCCUCUUCACCAUGCAGAUGCCGCUUCAGGUCCACGUCCCAGGAAGUGUAAAGGCUGCGCUGCAUUGCGAGUGACCGAUUCAGAUUAUGAGGCUGUCUGCAAGGUUCCCAGAAAAGUAGGUCGGAGCACUUCCUGUGGGCCCUCCACACGGUACUCUGGUAGUGUUCAGGACAACACUGAAGAGACUGUCCCAUCCGCUCCUCCACCAGAACCCAUCGAGAACAACCAAUCAUGUGAACUAAAGCCAGUCGGAGUGAGUCCUGCCUCCUCUGUGGAGUCUUUGGACACUGCUGUAGAUGUUACCCAAGAAUCUUAUCUAAAGCUCCCACUUCUAGAGUCUGAGGAGGAACAAUCUGUUGUCAGAAGGCCCGAGUCCAAACCUGGUUCUGUGUGUGGCCUUGAUGUGGCCCUAAGCCUGCUUAAAAGCUGUGAAUAUCACCCUCUCCAGAGCCAGAGAGGAAGCCGGAUCCCUGUGCUCCUCAAAACUAAUACUACACCCAUGGAAAGCCCUUACCCUCUGCUGCAAGUGCCUCACAUUGAGAUGGAGUGUCCACUUUUCCCCCAGCUUCCAGAUGUGCCUUCCAGCAUUCAGCAGGAGCUUCAGCUGGAGCUGGCAGAAAUGGAAGACCAGUGGUUGGAUGAUUAUGUGCAGUGCAAGCCAUCAGGCCUUCCGAAGAGGUUGAUUGAGGAGCAGCAAUGUCAUCUGGCGGAGUAUGAAAACGCAGCGGGACAGUGUGUGAAUGAGCUGCAGAAGGCCCAACAGCAGGUGCAGUCUCUCCAGACCAAGAUCCGAGACAGUGAAGCCAGUAAUAAGAAGUUACAGCAGAAGCUUCGGGACAUGGAAAAUGAACUACGCUCUGUCAGAGAAGCAGCAUGUGGUCAGGAGACAACAAUACAGACCUUGGGUGACUCACUCAGUACUAAAGACUAUGAGAUUACUGAUCUCCAGCGGGUCAUUGAGGAGCAGAAGGAGCUUCUGUGCUCUCUAAAGCAACAGAACAACCAUUACCAGCUUCAGCAGCAGCAGGUGUCUGGAGUUACUCCUAGUCAUCUGCAGGCUGAUCUGCUGGACCUCCAGGGCUCUCUGUUCUCAGCCCAGCUGGAGCUCCAGGGCCUUCAGAGGACACAGCAGCAGAGCCAGAGGAGGGAAGACGACCUGACCCGUGCAAACCAGCGCCUCCAAACUGACCUGCAAGGAGCCGUACAACGACACCGGGAGGCAGAGAAGCACAACCAGGACCUGCUGACUGCUCUAGAGAGCGCUCGAGCCAAACUACUGCAAACAGAGGAAAAAUGGAGAGAUGAAGGAAGACAGAGAGAGAACGAGGUGGAGGAAAGAGAGAAGACCAUCCGAGAACUGAAGACCUCACUGGAACACAAAGAACGUCUGGUACAAGACUACAGUGAGCUGGUGGAUGGUCAGAAAGAGCCUGCUGGGAAUAGAGACAACCUUAUUCAAAAGCUCAAACAACGAAUUCAGGAAAGAGAUCGGGCACUGGAGCGUGCUGUAGACGAGAAGUUCACCUGCAUGGAGCAGAAGGAAGACGAGAUGCGUAAACUGCAGCUGUUGCUGAGAGAGAAGGAGAGAGACCUGGAAAAACUUCGAUGUGUGCUGUCCAACAAUGAGGAAACCAUCAUGAGUCUGGAGAUGCUGCUGCGUGGUAAAGGUUUGGAGCUGGAGCAGGUGUGUGAGGCCUGGCGCAGUGCUCAGGGUGUUCACAGUGAAAGAGAAGAGUCAUACAUGCGCAGCCUGAGGGAAAGAGAUGCUUUAAUCAGUCAGCUGCAGACUUCACUGCACACUCGCACCAAAGAGGCAGAGGAAAUGACUGCAGUUUUGCUCAGUAAGGUGUCAGUCGGGGCCGGUGAGGUGGCAGAGGAGCUCAAGUCUCGGCUGCAGCUGAAGGAGCGCUUAUUCCAGGAGCUUCUUUCAGACCGCAGCAGACAGACUCAAGAGCAUCACUCACAGGUCCAGGACCUGCUCAACACCAUCAGCUCAAGAGAGCAUUACAUCAAGGAUUCGGCAGGGCGUGUAGGUCAGGUUAUGGCCGAACAGACAGCUCGAUUGCAGGAGCUACGAAAGCAACUCGGGUCAGCAAACCCUGAGUUGACCCAAGAAGACACACAAGCACUUAUGGAUGAGCUCCAGAUGACUCUGCGCAGAGAAAGAGAAGCCCAGACCCAGCUCAGCAUCCUGCGUGCCACCUUAGCAUCCUACCAAGACCAGCUCCAAACCCAAACCUCAGAUCUAGAUGCCUUGAGCAGGACAGCGAGCGUCAAAGAGGAAAUCAUCAAGGACCUUCAGAUGCAGUUGGUGGAGCCAUCUGAUUUACCACUGGUAGAGCGACUGACUCAAGAGCUGCAGCUGCUGAGAGAGAAGGUGGAAAGUCAGGAAGCGUCCUGCAAUAAUCACAAGCAGGCUCUUUUGGAUCCAUUGGUGUCCAUGGAAACAGGACAGGCAGUUCAACCUCAUGCUGAUUUUGGAGGUUUCACUUCAGAUGAUGGAGAGGAGGAGGAGGAUGAAGAAGACUGCAAUAGUGAGUUUGCAGGCAGCGGUGAAGAUGAAAAGCGAUCCAAACGGACAGCUCAGUCUCUGGUCAGCUUGCAGAGCUGUGAUCAGCACCAGGGUCUCAGAGGCUGUCAGGAUGCAGUAGCUGAAGGUCCAGGUCUGGCGGAGGUCAAACAGCUGGUGGAGCAGAAGAGGGCAGUAGAGAGAGAACUGAUGGAGCUCAAGUCACAGCUGGAAAAGGCUGGUUUCUCCUCUCUCUCUCAGAUGAGGAAAGCAUUUUUCACUCUUCGCUCUCAAAACGAGGAACUCAAGGGUUUAAUGAAUCUUCAAAAUGUUGGACAGAAGAGCACGUCCUGCGGGCAGCUGGUGGAUACAGUUGGUGCAAAGGGUAAGGAAAGGGAGUCAGCGAGGGAGCAGACGGUGCAGCUGAAGUCUGACCUUGCACAGGUCCAGCAGGAGAGCAGAGAACUGCAGGAGAGACUCAUGGUGUCUGAGGCCACAGUUCAAGCUCAAGCCGAACAGCUCAAAGACUACAGAGAACUCCUCACGGAAACAUCGGUACAGCAGGACAGUAAGCAGGUCCAGGUGGACAUUCAGGAUCUGGGCUAUGAGACGUGUGGCCGCAGUGAGAACGAGGCCGAAAGAGAAGACACCAGCAGUCCAGAGUUUGAUGAUCUGGAGCUCUGCACAUCUCUCUCCUAUCGGGAUGCUGGCUCUCAGUGGUGGGCUGGUCCCGCCACACACAACUCUGGGAAACCUGAACAUGAUGUGACGUACCUGCAGCAGCUGGUGGAGGAUCUGCGUGGUCAACUGUCGCGAUCUCAGGCUCUGAUUCGCAGCCUGCAAGCCCAGAUGCGUGAUUGCACUCCAGUCGGCACUCCUCGCAAGGUCAACUGGGGCCUGGAUAACUCUGAGACGCAGAGUACAGCUGAAGAGGACGAGGGCUGGCAGUCGUCGGACGGUUUCGGGUCACUGCCACGGCAGCCCAAGCAGGACCGAGAGCUGCAGGAGCUCGUCUCACGUGUGACGUCACUGGAGGAGCAGCUCAGGAAGGGCAAAGGUCAUGCAGAUGAUGGCAAAAAUGGAAACUGGCCGGGUAAGUUUGACACGCUGAUCCAGGCCCAGGCCCGUGAGCUGUCUCACCUGCGGCAGAAGAUGCGGGAGGGCCGUGGCAUGUGCCACAUUCUGACCCAGCACCUCGGAGACACAACCAAGACCUUUGAAGAGCUUCUGCGCUCCAAUGACAUCGAUUACUACAUGGGCCAAAGCUUCAGAGACCAGCUCUCUCAAAGCAUCUCGCUCGCACAGAGAGUCAGCACCAAGAUCAGCGGUCGAGAUCACUCUGAAGUCCCAGAUGAUAAAUCAGGCCAUGAGCUGCUUGCAAUACGGCUGAGCAAGGAGCUUCAACAGAAAGACAAACUCAUCGAGUCUCUACGGUCCAAACUUGACCAGCAACAACCCCGGUCAGAUACACCUACAAGCAGUCAUGCUUUCUCUGUAGCCACAGACCAAUCGGAUAGGACAUCCUUUGUGUCAGAUGACCACGGCUCAACCAAUGAGGAUCUAGAAUUAUGCUCUGAACUGGAUGCUGCCAGUGAAUAUGGCCAAGAAGAGGCAGCAAGAAGUGCCACAGACCCACGCAAUAAUAGAGGCUCAGUCUUGUCACAUCCAUCCAAUCCUCCAUCUAUCACUUCCUCUCACAGCCACAAGUCCACCAACACCUGUCCUAGCAUACACUGCACACCACGUAGACCAUUGGAAACCCAGGAACAAACAGGCCUCACUACUGUACCUCUGUCCAACUCCAUUCCUUUCUCCGCCUCCCUCCACUGUCCUCAAAUGUGCUCUCAGCCUGUGUUUGACCCUCAUGUUCACCCCUUGAGAACCCGUCACCCUUAUGGUGGGGGAUUCUCACUGGCAGAGGUUCACCAAGAGCUUCAGAUGCUCCAAAGACAGCUUGGAAACAGUUAUCAUGGUCCUCAGAUGAAACCUCUUCCUGCAUUUCCACUGGGACCCCAUGCUCAACCUGACCAUAGCAGUUUACAUCCACUAUCCCAUCAUGCCUUUGAACAGUCACCUCUCAACAGCCAGCACACAAGUCCUGCUAUGAAAUCAGGGUCAAGCCUUCUGGAGAGCAGUGCAAUGUGGGAUAUGAUGUAUAGCCCAAGACCUUUAAGACCAGGCCCAUAUGGAGAUGUGUCCUCUGGUUCUUCUGGAUAUCAGUCAGGACACACAGGGACAGACUUAAUGGAGGAGCACCUUAGGGAAAUUCGUACUCUCCGACGGCGUCUUGAAGACUCCAUCCAGACCAAUGACCGCCUGAGACAACAGCUGGAGGAGAGACUGGCCGCUUCUGCAAGAAACGGAGCAGGAGCAGCGCCCACUAACAUCUAUAUUCAAGGCCUUGAUUCUGUCAGUCAGCUGUCCAAUGAGAUUCGAGUGCUGAAAGAGGAAAAUCACACUCUGCAGAACCAACUCCAGCAGGCCAGGACAGAUGGCAGUAAAGAGAUGGAGCGAUUGAGAGAGGCGGUUCUUUCUGUACGUGGCCAGUUAAAGCAGGCGGAGCUUGAGGCAGACAAGUGGGCGGAUCAGUGCAGGCGAAUGCAGGCUCAGAUUAGAGAUCAAACUCAGACUGUACUGCAGCUUAAAGAAGAGAAACAGAACAGCCUGGACAACAGCACCAGGCUACAGCAGGAGGUGAAUGUUCUCCAGCAGCAGUUGAGUGAGUGUCAGUGUCUAGUACACACACUGCAGUGUGAACUUCAAGUGUACAAGAGAGUCUGUGGCACUGCUGAGAGCAAUGCAGGUUCAGGACUGACUUUGACCCUUGACCUGCGUGAGCGAGAGUCAAACAUACAGUUGCUGGAACAACAGUUGAGAGAGAGGCUAGACCUUUGUAUGCCUCACCCCUCAGCCAGAAAACAGCUCUUUCAUGUAGACCAAUCACCAUCUCCUCCUGUUCGGGAUACAGGGUUCUCCAGCCCUGCUUCACCAGCCAUCAAACAGCAUGACCCGAAGCCUUAUAAGUAUUCUGGUGCUGAAGGUCUGGAGGGUGAGGCACCUGACGGCUCCUUCGCCUGCAGGACAGGGCGCCAUAUGAUCAGUCACGUGGACGACUUCAGUGUCCUUCAACAGCAGUUACUGGAAGGAAAAGCAGUUAUACGAAAAAUGGAAGCAGCACUGCAGGCCAGCACAGAAUCUCAUGAUCUACCAGAGGGUUAUGUAAGGAACUUGCAGGUCAGCACUAAGACGCUGAAGCAGAUCCUGGAGGAGACGAGCUCUCUUUUAAGAAUGUUCUGGAGGGCUGCUCUGCCCAGCACUGAGACUUCAGCCCAGCAGCUGAAAAAGGAGCAGUCUUUGAGAAAGGAGGUCAUCGCAUUGAGGUGCAAGUUGUCAGAACAAGAGCAGCUUCUCAGGGACACGAUGGAGAAUCUGAGGGCCUCCAGUCAGACUAAAGACAGCAUGGAGCAGUUCAUCGUCAAUCAACUCUCAAGAACCCGAGACGUGUUGAAACAGGCUCGCUCAAAUCUAGAGAAGAAUGAACUCAAGAUUGCCUCUCUAGGUUUCACCCCUCUCCCUUCAUCCUCCUUUUCGGUUUCCUCCACUCCCUCCUGGUCUGAGAGAGAUGCGGUCUCAGGAGUCUCCCUCAAACAUGCCUCCUCUCCUGGUUGGAAUUUCGUGAAGCCUCACCUUCAGGAUCAACACAAAAUGAUGACAGCCUCGUGACAGACAUCAUGUGCUGCAGAAAAGACUCCAGACUGAGAGUGCUGCCAUCUCAUAUUAAAAGAUCUCCAAGAUCAUGUAGAGAUCUGUUUUAUUUACAACAUAACAGCCACCAAAAAGCUCUCAAAGUUGCUUUUGAGUAGAUGAGUAUUAUGGACUUAUUAUUUGGAUUUGCUGUCAUGUCUUUAACCAAAGUGGCAUCUCAUGGGUUUAUGUUUGGGUUUGUUUUGAACCAGCAACACUAUUAAUGUGCAAUUAUAAUACUACUGUGCUACCAGCCAGACCUGCUACACUGUAAAUGAAAGUCAACCCAGGGAUGAACUGAAGACCGAUGGUGCAAUAAUAGUUCAGUCAGCCUGCUACUGUAGUUUUGAAAUUGGUAUGUCCCAAUACAGGAUCUGUUCGUUUGUUAUUUGCUGUUGCCAAAGUAUGAGUCUGUUGCUUUUUAUGAACUAACCCUUUGCUGUUUUUUUUGUCUCUGUAAAUUUGAAUCCCCCCAUUUUGUUCCUAUUUUUUUCUUGAACUGAAGAGUAUCUAUGUUUUGUUUUGUUUUGUUUUUUUUGGUUUUGUCCAAAAAAUAAUCCGUGUUUUAUAUUUCUAUCUGCUGUAUCAGCUCUUUUUGAUGGACCAUUUAGUUUUAUUUUAUUUGUUUAUUUUUGUUUUGUUUCAGAUUAAAUUUUUGUUUAAUUAAUUUUUUUUUAUUUGUUUUGUUUAAUUUUGUCAUUUUUUUAAUGUUAGACUUGCAACGUCUUUAACUAGGCUCCCAUGAGAUAAAAGAGACUAACUCAAAGCCAUUAUUUUUAAGAUACUAAGGUUACAUUAUUAAAUUAUUAUCUUUGUUAGACACUGCUGAUCAUUUUGCGGAUGUGUGUAGCUUUUCUGUUUAAUGUGGAUUUAAAAGGAAGUCUGUUGCUCUUGCAUGAACUGCACAACUUUAUGCUCUCACUGACAGUAUUUCAGUUUUACUGCUGUAUUAAGACACAUCCUGCGGUUUCUGCUGUAUGUAUGAACUGAUCUGGUGCCAUUUGCUUUGUAUCUUGUUUGUAUAUGAGAUGGCUGUUUGCUGCUCUUAUAAGGUGAGGCGUGCACUGCACACAUUAUGAUUAUCUUAUGAGAGAAAGGAGAGCUGUGGGUCAUUUCAAGUCAACUUGCACUCGUUUUAUGACAAUCAAAUAUCUCUCAAAUGUUUGUAACUUUUGGAAAAUAUUGGUAGCAAUGCAGUUUGAUUCACCUUUGUAAAUUAAUGUAAAUUGAGUGAGGUUUGUUUUUGAGAGGAAUGCAUGUGUACUUCAGGAAAAUGUGUGUGAAGAAAACAAAAAAGGGACAUUUUAAUAAAAAGGGAAAAACACCUGUUGAA